GUGGUGGCAAUACUAAUAAGGCGAUAGAAGUGGUGUGGUGGCGCCAGCGCCCAAUAGAAUUUUUCGGGUUCCGGUGGAAAAGUUGGAGAAACGGGGAUUCUUGACGCCCAGCCAGAGUGACGUUUUUCAGCACCCCUAACCUCACCUACUCAACACCACGCUAUGCCAGCAAGAACAUGACACCUUACCGCAUAGAAUAUCUUAUCUGAAAAAGGGGAAAAAAGGAUCAGAAAGGAAAGAGGAUAACUCAGGGGACGUACCAGGACAACACAUCCCGUCGCUGGGGACGGCCGCGCGCCUCAGACAGCCGCCACAAUGCACAUCGAGGAACUCACCGAACAGAUGGCUCGGGCCAUGGACAUGGCCGGGCAGGGACAGCAGCAGCAGCAGCAGCAAGGCAGCCAGAGCGAGACGGACGCGACAAAACCGUCACUCCCGCCGGGCCUCGCCGUCAACGCCGGCAAGACGGUGGACGAGGUGUGGGCGGAGCUGAACAAGUCGCCGCUGUUCAUGACGGAGCUGGAGGAAAACGACGACGUGGCGGCGCUGCAGGCGCUGAGCUACGAGGGAUCCGCGCUGGAGAACAGCGCCGACUUCAAGGAGCGUGGCAACGAGUGCUUCAAGGUCAAGGGGUACGUGGACGCAAAGGAGUUUUACACGCGGGGGGUGCAGAUCCUGGCGGCCGAGGAGGGCAAGCGGGCGCGGGGGGAGGCGACGACGAACCCCGACGGCGAGCCCGACUCGGAGGACGAGGUGCGGCGGCAGCGGGAGAUGCUCGAGGCGCUGUACGUGAACCGGGCGGCGUGCCACCUCGCGCUGGACAACUUCCGCAGCUGCUGGCUCGACGGCGCGGCGGCGCUGCGCCUCAACCCGCGCAACGUCAAGGCGUGCUACCGCAGCGCGCGCGCGCUCCUGGCCGUGGACCGCGUCGCCGAGGCCGACGACGUGUGCGCCGCGGGGCUGGCCGUGGACGCGGACAACGCCUCGCUCCGCGCCGUGGCCGCCGACAUCGUGCGCCGCGCGGGGGAGCUCGACGCCCGCCGCCGCCGGGACGAGGAGCGGGCGGCCACGCGCCUCCGCCGCGAGCGCCUCCUGGCCGCGGCCCUGGCGGCGCGCAACAUCCCCACGCGCUCGACGGACAAGCCCCCCGAGAUGGGCGACGCGCGGCUCGAGCUCGUCCCGGACCCCGACGACCCGCGCAGCUCCCUCGCCUUCCCGACCGUGCUGCUCUACCCGCUGCACCUCGAGAGCGACUUCAUCAAGGCCUUUGGCGAGACGCAGACGCUCGACGACCACCUCGCCUACGUCCUGCCCCUGCCGUGGGACGCCCAGGCCGCCUACACCCCCGCGGGCGUGACGUGCUACGUCGAGACGCGCGACGGCGGCCUGCUCAAGAUGGGCAAGCGCGUCCCGCUGCUCAAGGUCCUGGGCACCGGCAGGGUCGAGGUCGUCGACGAGGUGGUGCGCAUCUUUGUCGUGCCGUCGGGCGAGGCCGAGGCGUGGGCCAGGGAGUUUAAGGAGAAGAGGGCGGCGGAGAGGGGGGACACCACAACAACAACAACAACCACCAAAACCACAACCUCAACUACGACCACUUCCGCCGCCGCGCGGUGACGGGAAACCAGAAAGACGGUUGGAAGGGAAGAUUGCGGCCAACGCUCCCCGGGAGGCGUGAAGCAGAAAGGGGACAAAAGUCCUGCAUGGAUAUACCAGUAGAGAAGAAGGGUCAACAGAGCUGCAUGCGCGUGCCCUCUCGUCCUAUGGUGGUGUGGUGGUGGUGGUGGUAUGACAAGGUGCGAAUCUUAUAAAGAGUCAUUCUGUCUCCGCCACGUGAAAAGGCUGCAGCAGCUACGUGCGUGCGUACGUACAUAUCGUACAUCAAGA